CCACCACCCUGUAACAUCCUCUCUCCCUCUUUCUCUCCUCGUCCUCCACCACCUGUCCCUCCCCCACGACCACUAGCAGCACCAAAUCUCCAUCCAACCAACCACCGCUCCCACUACCCAUAAAAGAUCUUAUAAAAGAUCUCCUCAGUCUUCUCUCCUUCUCUUUUCUUUCAUGCUAAUGGACUUCUAAUUCUCACCACCCACCUCUCAAAACCCUCCUCUCCUUUCAUCUUCAAAUUCUAUUCAGAACCCACCAAUAUGGAGAACUAUUCAUAUAAUUCAUACCCAGAUUCCGGCCACUCCUCUCCUCGAUCCCGCGAAAUUGAGUUCGAGAACCCCACGCCGUGGGAGGACCAAUCCCAGCAGCAGCCUCAGGAUUUUAAAGCUAAGUUUAUGUGCAGCUAUGGUGGCAAGAUCCACCCUCGUCCUCAUGAUAAUCAGCUCUCUUAUAUUGGUGGUGAGACCAAAAUUCUCGCCGUUGAUCGGAAUAUUAAGUUCUCCGUCAUGAUCAGUAAGCUUGCUGCCCUUUGCAAUGAUACAGAUAUUUCUUUCAAGUAUCAGCUCCCAGGUGAAGAUCUUGAUGCUUUGAUUUCUGUUACUAACGAUGAUGAUCUCGAACAUAUGAUGCAUGAGUAUGAUCGUCUUUUUCGAGCUUCUGCUAAACCUGCCCGUAUGCGGCUUUUCUUGUUCCCGGUCAAUCCUUCGCCGGCGAGUUUUGGGUCUGAAGGAUCCAAAUCGGAAAGGGACCGUUUUAUUGAGGCCUUGAAUUCCGGUCCUAGUCACGUCCCCGAGGCCAACAAACCGUCGCCGAAUAAUGUUGAUUUCUUGUUUGGGUUAGAGAAAGGUGUUCCUCAGCCGCAGCCGGUCAAAGUGCCUGAUUUACAAGAAGCGCAAGUUGGGGUGGGUCACGAUGAUCGGGUUUUAGGAUCGGAUCAAUUGAACGUGCAGACCCAGUUGCAGAGGAUGCAGAUUAGAGAACAGGAACAGCAAACUAUGUACAGGAAAAACAGUGAUGAGAAUUUGGUGGGUGGUUACCCCGGCGAGUACUACGUUCAAAAAUUGCCUGAUAAACUUCCUCCGGCGACUUUGCCUGUUACAGUCCCGCAAACGAUGACUGCUCCAGCGGGAUAUUGGCCUGAGAAACAGUUCGCAGCCGGAGGAUACCAGCCAGCUGCUGUGACUGUGACGACCACGCCGGCUCCACCGGAACAACAACAGGUUUACAUGCUACCAGGUCCAGCUCCCGGCACAAUUUAUCACACUCCAGUCAUGCGACAAGUCACCGGACAACCGGGUCAACCAUAUUACAUGCAGAGGAUGGGAGGACCUGAAGUUUACCGGGAGCAGCCGGUGUACAAUAUGGUCCCACAACCCCAACAACAGCCACCUCCAAUGUCUGCAGCGCAGGGGCCCAUGGGGGUAGUGAGGCCAAAUGCGGCGGGAGUAGGGGUGACCGAUACUGGUUACGCACCGGUGGCGUAUGAUAGCGGAGUUGGGAGGCAGAUGUACUACACUGCGCAGGGAGGCGUAAUGCAGGCACCUCCUCAGUAUCAGGGAGUUGGUGGGGUGGCAGUUAGUGGUGAAAUGAGACAUGUUGGUGGCGGUGGGGCUCCUAGUCAGGACGGUAAGGGGGUGGUUUCAAAGGUUUCACAAUCUUCAGUGUGAUUAUGGUAUAAGGGGUGAUGGUCAAGCUUCAUUAAUCCCCCCCAAUUUUUUCUAAGAAGAAUAUACCAAUUGUCGUCUCCAUUCAAUGUUGAGAGUUGAAUUUAGGCUAUAACUCAUGGUUUCGAAUUCUAAGGUAGAAAAGUCUGGAAUGAGAAUGAUGGAUCUGUGAGUGAAGAUGAUCAUAUCUUGAAAGCAUCAACAUAGAUUCCAAGAAUUUUAGUCCCUUUUGCAAAAGAAUUUUAGAGAAUAAGGUGUGAAUAUCUUUAUUCUUGAGAUGAUUUUAUUUUCUAAGCAUUUGCCAAUCUAAUAUCUAUAUGCAUAAUAUCAUUUUUCCAAACACUGAAUAAUUUGGGUUUUGAAAAUAGAUAUUAAGAUAUUCAUGAAUGAUUAUGUAAUGGAUGUUAAGACGUGUAGGAUUUGCAUUGAAAUGUCUUUAAUCUUUUGUAUUUUUUAGGCAACAAUUAUUUUUGCUGACUCUCUCUCUAAUUAACAAAUUGAAAUUCUUGCUUAGUCAUCUUAUUCUUGCCUAAGCAUUGAAAACCCACAAAAAAGAAUU